UGUUGUUUGCAAAGCACUGAACGUCAAAAGUGAUUUUUAUACUCCGAAGUGAUGAUUUAAAUGUACCAUUUAUAUCAAUUUGUUUGUAACUGUUAUUCGAACAUCACACAUAAGAUGCAGUGUUUUUUGGAGAAUAUUGGUUGUGCAUUUUGUUGUAAAGAAUUCCCGCCAGUACUAGCUAGCAACUUACUGUGUCUGGUGGGGGGGGGGGGGGGGUUCAUAUAUUUUGUACAGUGCGUGAGUGCAGAGUUGGAUGGUGAGCCGUGCAUUGCAUGACGUGCAAUUUUGUGCUGUUCCUAUCAGAAUAAAUCUCCAUGACUGGUGCUACACGUUGGAGUUCGUGUCGAGGAUUGAUUGUACACAACGCAAGCCGAGUACUGUUACACCAACAAGACAACGAAGUGAUACGUGCCAUAGAGACUUAAAACGUAUACUUUCCUAACACCAAAAGUACCCACGCUGAGCGAUAUUGUUCACUACAGUUAUGCAUACAAUCCAAGUCAUACGUUUAUUGUCAUUCAUACUCUUAUUUUUAACCGAAUAUCUUUGCAAAAGUGUUCAUUGUGUCAAUUCAGAGCUCGGAAAUAUUGGAAUAAUGUGCUUAAGGGGACUUACACUCAAGGCGCACAACAGGACAACACAACAACCACAUUUUCAAUUGACAAUCAUUGCUUUAAAUGCAUGUGAUCGAUUGAUUAUAAAUGCCUAUACAAAUCUAUGUAUUUAACUUGUAAAGCAAGGUUGGAUUAGUAGGUCUAAGCAACAUGCACCUGGAUAAUCGCGUCAUGAAUCGGGACGGGCUCCUACGUCCCUACAGUAUGACAUAAUAAAGACAUAGAAGCAUAUCCAUUUAUACAGGUUCUACACAUUCCAUUUCUCCAUGGCAAUAGAAUGUAAACAUUCUAUUUUGCGCCAAACAUCACCUACAACUCCAUUCUAAGUGCAGCAUAUUGGACGACUCCACAGUCAUUGAUCAUUCGCGACUUUAAGUCAUUCCUGUUAUCUCUAGAGCAUCCCGUAUAUCUAUAGCGCUGCAUUUCUUCCCCAUCUUACCAUGGAUAGGGUUUGGUGCAUUCCGGAGUUCACUUAUGGUCCCACAAAGGAAUUCUGUAGAAGCAGCCUUUAUUUUCAGACUCUGCAGGCCUGCUGGGAGGAAACAUAUUACAAUAAACAGAAGAAGCUCAUGGUCCACUAUCUGCUGCUCCAGAGUCAAGGCCAGGUCCCACCCCAUGUCACCACGGAGCACAUGAGCAACUGGCUGGUGUCUCAGGGCAAAAAAUCCCUCAGGGAGAGGGUGUGGAAGGAAACCCUGGAGGAGGGAAACGACCUCGCUCGGCUGGCCUGGGAAGUAAACAUUUGCCUAAAAAUGAUGGACAUAGAGCACGAGGCUUUCUGCAAGCUCCGCCGCUCCAUGCACUCCACCUCGGCAGCUGACAUCGAUCCUAAAGUCCACAUCAUCGUGGAGAGAGCUGUGGGGAGCAUUCUGGACGAGCAGUCCAAUGAGCCCCGUAGCAACCUGCUCAGCCCAUCUCAGGUGGUGGUGGAGGUGGUGCCCAGGCUCCUCCUGGCCCUGUGGCUUCAGCCAGAGGAAGGCCAUUCAGAGCACCCAAUCCUAAUAAGCGGGAUGGCCGUGGGCAUGGUGGCGGCCGUAGUGGAGAAGCUCUCCUGUUUGUUAAAGGACCCUUCCCCUCACAUCCAUUUCUCCCGGGCUGCUGCUUUUGACUCUGUGCGGUCGAUCCUCGGGAGAAUCAGUCAGUCCUUCUCCACGGAUGACCUCCAGAGCCCUUUUUAUAUGAGCUCCGUCUGUGCCUUUGUGGUGGACGAGGUGCAGAGCUGCUUCCAGCCCCCUGCAGCCACCCUACCAGUCCCCCCUGUCCUCGCGGUGGCCGUUUUCACCACACUACCAGCUGACAUCCAAGCAGACCAGGCUUCUUCCCACCUGGAGGUUGUGAACAUCACCCCAAACACAGAGGCAGACCCGGGUUCUUCCCACCUGGAUGUUGUGGACAUCACCCCAAAAACAAAGGCAGACCCGGGUUCUUCCCACCUGGAGGUUGUGGACAUCACCCCAAAAACAAAGGCAGACCCAGCUUCUUCCCACAUGGAGGUUGUGGACAUCACCCCCAACACAGAGGCAGACCCAGCUUCUUCCCACCUGAAUGUUGUGGACAUCACCCCUAAUACAGAGGCAGAUCCGGCUUCUUCCCACCUGAAUGUGGUGGACAUCACCCCUAAUACAGAGGCAGAUCCGGCUUCUUCCCACCUGAAUGUGGUGGACAUCACCACUAACAAAGAGGCAGAUCCGGCUUCUUCCCACCUGAAUGUGGUGGACAUCACCACUAACACAGAGGCAGAUCCAGCUUCUUCCAUCCUGAAUGUGGUGGACAUCACCCCUAAUACAGAGGCAGAGCCCAUCUCUUCCCACUUGGAGGUUGUGGACGUCACACCUGAAGAAAGGAAUCUCACGAUGGCCGUCUUCGCCACUCUGCCAGCUGACAUCCAAGCAGAGGAUGUUGCUGUGGUCAUCCCGGAUGUCACCCCACACGUCACCAAGGACGUGACACUGGAUGUUCCAUGCAGAGCAAGGAAAGGGGCAGUCCGGCGAUUAUUUUGCAGGCUUUGGAGGGCAGUGUGCUGCUGCGCCUGCCACAAGGAAGAGGAGGAACAAUAUUAAUUAUUCAUCAGACCUUCAGAAAUGGGAUUGAACCAUAGACCAUUAAAUUAUUCGCAUUAUAAUUGGAUUCAAUUCUGCUUUUCUUCUGUUUACUACUUAAUUUCAGAACUUUUCUAUAAACCUUCACUUUGCAAGUGUGGAGUAGGUUGUGUAAAUAAGUGGGAAACAUCCCAAUUUUAAUACUUUGUACAUUUAAAAAAAUAUAUAUAUAUUUGACAACAAAAAAUCGGAGGGAGCUCAACCAACGUUGAGUUGAGGUGCACAUUUUUUUUUGAAUCAUCAUAGAAAAGGAAAAAGCGCAACUCUUGCUCACUAUAAAAAAAUGCAUUGUUUUAUUCAGGCAAGGUUAAAAGAUGAACGUUUCGGCCUAGUCUAUGACGAUAUGCAAGUUGUGUUUGCCCGGUAAAAGGGUGACCCAGACUCACCCUGGUUCUUGAGGGUUGAAGACAGCGAAAAAUUAUAAUUAAGUAAAUGGGACUUUUCAAUUCUUGAAUAAAAAUCUUUAAUGAA